AAGAAGCAGCAGCGUCAGCCGCCGCCGCAUCUCAUUCUCCUGCCUGCAACUGCCAGUGAGAUCCUUCAUGCUACAAUUAGGAAACCCACCCCAGCCCGGUCCUGUGUUUGCACCUUUAAAACUUUCCUGCUGGCUGCGAAAUCAUUAGAGUGGCUUAGAGGGGAAACCUUCUCCUUCCCCAGUUGUGUUCCUAGUGGCUGCCUCUACUAGGCAUGCUCAGCAGUAGCUUCAUGCAGUGCUGGAUUACAAUUCUGAGGCUGCUGCACAGCAAGUAGACAGAUGAAAGCAUGGGGGACUCACAAGUGAUGGAAGGCCCUUUGGAAGUAACGUUUGACCUGGCAUAGCAGCUGUUAAAGCUCGCCCAGUAUGUUCAGUGUUGAGGAUCUCCUUGUUUCUCAUGGGUACAAAGUAUCUAAGAACUCUUCAUCCUCUUACCAGCCCAGGAGUGAAGGCUACCAGCAGGACCCAACAGACAGCAGGACUGGCAAUGGAAUGGUAAAUGGUUAUCAGGCAGACCCAGAGGUAUUUGCUGUGGAUCCCUAUCCUCUUGCUAAGGGCUUCUAUGGUGACAGCGAUAAGAACAGCAGACGACAGUUAAGCUCCACUGGGCACCCCAGGGGCCAGAGAUGUUUGGAAGCAUGUCAUACUUCAGAAACAGGGUUAUCUGACAGACCUCAAAAUGAAAGAGCACACUGGGCAAAGGCUGAUAAGGAUAUCCAGUACUGGAGAAGGAGAGGCCAAGACUUCAGCUUAUUAUUAGGACAAGGGACUAAUGAAGACAAAGAAAAAUUAAGAUCCUCCACCGAUUCUGAAGGGAAACCGAGGUGCAAUAUUUUCGAUAAAAACACCAGGGAAGCGGCAAAGGACGUGGUCGAAGCCAUGGAAACUGUGAGAGGCAACACUGUCUAUGACAACUGGAAACCAUCACUGGAAGAGCAGUGGGGGAAAAUAAACAAAUUUGUGAUGAAGGCUACAAAAACCUCAGAAAGAACAAUGUCAGAAAGCAGUGGUGAGAAGCUGCUCCAAGACUUCAUCUCAUUUAACCAAGUAGACAACACUGUUGGCUGCCCCAAUAAGCUGAAAUCCCUGUCAUUGCCCAAAGGCCUUUCCCCCGACAGUAUAAAUCACAUUAGUCUGCCAGCUGUUAAAGGUGAAAACUACGCACUGAAGGAGGAUAAAACCCAGGUGCAAAGUAACUGUGGUACCAAUUCGGACUCAGACGGAAAUUCAUCCUCAAAACAAAAGUAUAGCAGACCCUCCAAACCUCCCUCAUAUGAAGUCCAUCAGCAAACGUGGGGAGUAGUGGAUGCAAAUGAAGGUUCAGAUCAUCAACAAAAAGAUGAACUUCACUCCGUUGCCAGAGUACAAGAUCUCCCCCAAGAAUCCUGUUCUCAAGACUCAGGCCUGGAACCUCCCAAUUACAUACCUCCACCCUCAUACAAAUCUCCCCCUCUUCAGCAUGCUACCAAUCAAUCUUUUAACAAAGUGCCUAGCAUUCAUCACUACAGGCCAAAUAAUCCGGUGGCAAAAACCAGCACAAAGGACAAAUCUCCCACCAAUUCUCAUGAUAGUGACAUCCUAUACAAUAAGCCAGCUGACCAGAGGCACACUGAUAAUUAUAUUCAUUCUGUACAAUACAUUCCUUUUGAUGACCCCCGUAUCAAGCAUAUACCAUUAAGUCAUGAAGCGGAAAAACAAAGACACCACAAUCACGCCACUGAUAUGAAGGAUACUUUCUGGGUUGCACACACAAGUCAGGAAGGUCAUCUUCAAGACAGAGAAAGUGCCUUUAUAGAUUUUAAAAGUGCAAAACUUAAUUAUGGGAAAAGAGAAGGAAUUAAACACAAGCAGUGGAUGCACAUCUCUAUCCCAGGUCAGAUAUGCUGCUCGUUGCCUGAAACCAGAGAGGGGUCCACUGCGUGUAGCUUACCAGAAAGCAGUGACCCCUCUGACAGGCUAACUUUAAAAAAGACACAUUCAGACAGCGCUUGUGAAAUAGUCACAAAGGUGAAGAAGUUUGAACCUGAAGCGUGUCUUCACAACAGGAAAAGUUCAAAGCGAAAGUUGAACGAAACAAUAUUUUGCUUAGUGUCGAUUCCAAUCAAAUCUGAUUCUGCCCCAUCAGAUAUGUGCAAGAACAACAAGAUUUUAGCAGACAAUGUGGACAGGAUGAAUAUGUUAAAACACAGCAAUGGGGGACUGUUUGAAGAGAGACUUUUAAGUGCGUCUUCCAGUGAUUUGGAGCUACAAACCCUUACAGGAAACAUGAACAAUAAAGUGGAGCUGCGAAAACACGAGCAGUCCAAAACAGAGGAAAAUAAACAAGCGAAUGACCUCAGAUGUGCAGAUCCAAGGAAGCAUAGAGAUCUUGCCUAUUCUGGUUCUUGGCCAGGUGACCAGUACAAAGACCAGCAAACUCAAACUGUGUUUAGCGACAUACAAAAUUCAAAAUGUCAUAAUGGAACAAAAGCAAAUGAGCCGCACAAUAAGUUUGCUCAUAAGUCUCAGUGUAGCUCUGAAAGCGGACUAGAAAAGCCAAGUGCCAGGCAAAAUAUGUUCAGUAUUAAAGGCCAGAUGAGUCUUAGCCCCUCCAGCAACAGUGCAUUUUCAAGAACAUCCUUAUUAAUUACUCACAUGCCUAAAACAGAACAGUGCCAAAGGCCAGAACAUGGUAACGAACGUGCAGAAGGAAAGGAAAAAAUAGCAACUGGUAAAUAUGAAAAGAAAGAGAGCGAAUCGGAAAGUUUUUGCAAUAAAAAAGAGGUGUUCGGGCAGUUUCUUCUGAAACCUGUUAAUCGGCGACCCUGGGAUGCAAUAAGUGAGCUAGAAAGUUUGAACAAAGAGUUUCAAGACCAAGAGAACUGUUCUAAUGAUGGGGAUAGAAGUUCAUUAAAGGAGCAAACAAAAGAAUCGAAUAUAGACAUGGCUGCAAUCAGGAGUGAAAUGGUGGCUAACAAGCGGCAUGUGAUUGAGGUAGAAGAGGUUCCAGUGUUUGAACCUUCGCAGGUUAGAUGUAUGUCAGAAAGUUGGUACCCUGAAAAGUUAAAAUGUGACAAGGUGAGGAGUGGUGCUGAGCUGCCAAAGUCUGCCCAAAUGAAAGAUGGCAAAAGUAUACCUGAAAAGUUAUCCGAUGGAUGCGUGAAAAUAGAAAAACAAGUCCAGAACAAAAGAAUAGGAACAACCAUAAAUCUUCACACUGUUCAUACCCCUAAUGUGGACCAAAAAGACAUAGCUGUGCAAAUAAAUCCCAGCAACAUCCAGAUAGACAAAGCCCCCCAUGCCCCUGAGUCAAGUUGCAGAGUUUUCAGGCAAGUCAGAUCUCAAUUUGAGCAUUCAGAGAUCUCAGCCAAAUGUAGUCAGGUUGAAGAUAAAGCAAUAAGAAAGCUCUCUCAGAACAACGGGAGUCCAGGGCUCUCGCUACCUGAUCUAAACCAACAUUUCAUCACAGCAAACCAUAAUGGAGAGUUCCAUGAGCCACAGAGCGAUUCAGAAAUUCCAGAAAAUGAAUCUCUACAAGAGAGAGCCACACGGAUUUUGGGGAUUGAUGUAGCAGAUGAUUCACUUGUAUCUACUGGGAGCUCUGAGGGACAAAGCCCCGAGAAUCUUGCCUUUAGUGCUGUUGCACAAAAUGAAGCAAAGUUGAAAGGAAAUGUGUGUGAAAUUAAACUUCCUGCCAAGGAGAGCCCAGAGGUCUGCAACAGUGUUCUUCAGCCUCAUAUGCAUGUUAACAAAGAUGUAGAAAACCUUGCACAAGUGCUGGACCAGCCCUUUAUACAUCAGCCGGUGUAUUUGCCGAGUGAAGUUAGCGCCUUCCGUAACUGUGAAAAGAAAGUGCGAAAUACUUCAAAGAUGAUUGAAACCUUACAGGGGAAGCUUGCUUCUACGCCUCCUCGGACUGCUGUGGACCGGCUGGCACGGAUGAAAGAAGUUGACUCUGUGUCUCGCAUGAGACGGCUGAGCAUUAAGAGUACCGAUUCGGGAGAUGAAGUAGAGGACGACAAGCAAUCGCACAGAGGUCAGGAUUUAGGCUCACGCAAAUUUUCUGCUGGUUCCAUCUACAAAAGAGUCAUAUCCCUUGACGAAAGUUUGCUUAUUACAACAAAAAGCAGAGAAAAGUUUGAACUUUCUUUUGCUGACUCUUAUGACCCAACCAGAGUGGAAAGAGUUUAAUCUGGAUGCAACGAGAGGAAGAGAGCAUUCUGCUCAUGUAAUGACGCACCACAGCGAGUAUUGGAAUUGGGAAAACCAGCCUUUUACAUGUUAUAAGCUAAGGAAAAUUGUUUUGCUCCCAAGUUAUUUAUGGCAUAUACUAACACUGCCUUUAAUACUGCCAAAAACCAAAUUACUCACGUGUACCGCGUGCAACGACAUCUUGGAUAAGAUAAGAACGAAAAGCUGAUUCACGUUGGAAAAAUCUGUCUUUUUUUUUUUCCCUUUUUGUUAAAAAAGCACAUGUGCAUCUUGUGUCUCUUUCCAAUGAUGUCUGUUAAAAUAAACCUAGAACAGAUUCCCAGGUCAGACAGCCGGUUCUAGCAUGUUGAAUGUAGUUUGGCUUAGUGCACAUUGGGUCAGAUAAUAAUAAGGCUAGUAAGCACACUUUUAUAAGAAUCUGAAUGUAUAUCCACACUGACGCUGCACAGAUUUUUUGAACGCUACCGUUUCCUCCUAGGAAAUAUAUUUUCUCGACCUUUAUUUGCCUGUUUUUUAGGACUGUUCUUAUUUGAAUAGUUAUAUCGAC